GCGAUCAAACAAAGAAGCCACUGUGACGUUGUUCGUGUGGUAUAUAGUCAGGCGCACCCAAGCAACACCAAGCAACACCAAGCAUCGGCCUCGCCUUCUUUCUCGUAUACCUACAUCUGCCAAGCGCUGCACCCAUCAUCCUUCAUCUCCAAAAUGGGCGGUCCGUAUAGGCCACAAACAUGGGCUCUUGGUGGAAGAGCAAAAGAGAGUGAAGAUAUACCAAUUACUUCGGUGUUGCUUUUUCUCUUCAUCGUCGGCGCUGUCGCCCACAUGACCAUCUUCCAACUCAACCGGAAGCGCGGUCACAAAUUCCUCUUCAAUGGAAUCAUAUUCGGUUUCUGCAUGACACGAACGACCACAUGCAUUCUCCGCAUAGCAAGCGUCACUCACCCUACCAACAUCCGCCUCGCCAUCGCGGCUCAAGUCUUCGUCGCAGCGGGCGUGAUCCUCCUUUGGGUGGUCAACUUACUCUGGGCUCAACGAAUCCUCCGAUCAACACACCCUCACCUGGGUUGGCACCCUGCCUUGAGCCUGGCCUUCAAGUCCCUCUACGCGCUCAUCAUCAUCACACUCAUCAUACUCAUCACCGCAACUGUACAAUCCUUCUAUACCCUCCGCCCUUACACGCGCUCCAUCGAUCGCAGCCUCCAACUCUACGGCUCGACCUGUUUCGCCAUCAUCUCGUUCCUGCCUAUUCCCAUCCUUGCAGUGUCCUGGCUACUGCCCAGGAAGCAGCCAACGAUUGAGAAAUUCGGACACGGUAGACACAGCACCAAAGUCGGCACCCUGCUCGUCGGCACUACGCUCUUGUGUAUAGGCGCCGCGUAUCGCGCUGGGACUUCGUGGAAGACGCCUGUCCCCAUGUCGCAGCCGCUCCCGAGCUACUUCCACAAAGCGUGCUUCUACGUGUUCAACUUCGUGGUCGAGAUCUUGGUUGUAUACUUGUACGCGGCGAUGCGGGCGGAUCUGAGGUUCUGGAUCCCGAACGGCGCGAAGGGACCGGGCUCUUAUACGACGGUUACAUCGGCCAGUGCGAAAGAGGUGGAUGCGGAUGUGGAACAACAGCAGGAGCCUGAGGGAUCAGACACCGUUACCUUCAGGGGUGAUGAAUCGACACAGGAGAGGGACGAGAAACAGGAGAGAGAGUGAUAAGAGCUUUUUCGUUCUUGGGCAGUGUGAUUGGAUUAGAGAGCGAUAUGUUUUGGCGUUGCCGAUACCCCCGUAUUUUUAUACCUGUAUUAUAUC